AUGCUUUUCUCAGGAUCCAGAAAGCGGCAAGGUUCUACAAAUAGCGAUGAAUCGGUGAAGAAAAGAAGUAAAAAGUCCGAAUCGGAACCUGAUAGCGAUGAUUCGUUUGAAAAUUUUGGACGUUCGCCGAAAUCUCGAGGAAAAAAAAUUGAAGUAAUCGAUAAUGAUGAAGACUCUUUUGAUGCGCCAGUUAAAUGCUCAACGACACCAAAAGUUGAAACGAUUUCGAGCGGAGUUGACGGAUUUCCCAGCUUGAAUAGCUCAGAAAUUUUUUACCUAACCGUUAAAAGUGCCGCGAUUCGAGAAGAUUGUUUGGAUGUUGAGUGUGAGGAUGAGAAUGGGGCGAAUCGAACGGUUUAUUUACAAGGAAGAUGGUCGGAUACGAAAGUUGAAAAGGAUGAUAUUAUUAAUUUGAUUGAUGCGAAGAAAUGGGCUGAUCAGGAUUUUAUAGUAGACGACGAUCAGGGAAUCGUGAUUGUGAAUCCAGACGCUCUUGUUCCCUGCACUUCGAUAGCUCAAUCUAUGUUCUGUCAGAGAAAGAUUAUCCUCAGUGAACGAUUCAAAUUUGGAAAUGCAUCCAAUAAAGCAAUGCUCCUCGGAACUAUCAUGCAUCAGAUAUUCCAGAUUGCGAUUCUCAGCGCAAAACGUCCUAUAAAAGAUAUGGAUUUGUUAGAUAUUUGGAAAAAGUUGGUCUCAGAAUACAGCGAGGAUCUUGUUGCUUUGUCGUUUACGCCAAAAUCGAUGGAAACUGAAUUACAACCAUAUUUAGAAGUAAUUGUGAAAUGGAUCAACGAACAUGUGCCAAAAUCGAAUUUCUUUGGGAAGAAAGCGGCAGCGCUUCCGACGAAAUCAACAAUUUCUGAAGUGUUUGAUAUUGAAGACAAUAUUUGGGAUCCGAUAUUAGGAGUGAAGGGAAAAGUCGAUUUGACAUUGAAGGUUAAACCACAGGCAACAUCGCAGACAUCCAUGGAAUCGCUUGAAUUAAAAACCGGAAAAAGUGGACAAUCUGCUGAGCAUAUGGGACAAGUUUUAUUAUAUUCUAUGAUGCUCUCGACGCGGUAUAAACAGAAAAUUGGGCCUGGAAAUUUACUAUAUUUGAAAGAUGGAAUUCAAAGGCCAGUGAUUCCAAGGUCUCAGGAGCUGUUUUCGAUUCUUCAGCACCGCAACAAAUUGUCGAAAUUCUAUGGAGACUCGCUUUCGAUGGAUCUUCCUGAACCAAGAACCGAGACUCGAUUUUGCGAAAAAUGCGACCAAAAAACGUUUUGCACUUUUUUGCAGAAGAAAGAUGAAAAUUUCUCAAAGUCAAACGAAACUAUGAAAGAAUUUGCAACUGCGAAUGUUCAACAUCUUGCGGAUCCGCAUUUAGAAUAUGCUUCGAAAUGGGUUCGGUGGAUAACUGCCGAAUGGAAAUCGGAAAUGGAUCGCACUGAAGGCAAUAUUCGAGACAUUUGGCGGAAGCGAGCCGAAGAACGAGAAGCUCGCGGGACAUGUGUUGGAGGACUUGAGAAGGUUUCGGAAGAGAAGUCGAGCAACGAGAAAGUUUGUUUGAGAUUUUCGAAGACCAUGUCUAUUGUGAACUUGAAACCGGGAGACGUUUGCAUUUUGUCGGCGAAAACGCAGAUUUCUCUAGGUUUUGUUGUGGUUCAAAAAAUUGAAGACGACGCUAUUGAAGUGAUUUGCGACAAAGGAAUUAAAGAGAGGGGUCCAUUUUACCUCGAUCGAUAUAACAGCAUGUCGAAUUGGCCCACGAUUCUUGGAAAUCUUAUUUAUUUUUUGAGUGACGACGAAGUUGGCCUUCGAUUGAGAAGCUUACUCGUCGACCUUCAACCCCCUCAGCCACUGUCUUUGAAUGCCCUUGACUUACCGGAUAAAGUGAAACGAAUUAUUGUUAAGGCUCGACUCAACAAUGAUCAGCGAAAAUCGGUUAUCUCAGCGAUGGUUUCCCACGAUUUUCUCAUCGUCGAAGGAUUCCCGGGAUCUGGAAAAACUACGCUGAUCUCGGUGUUGAUCCGAAGCUUAGUUGCCACUGGGAAAUCUGUUCUCAUGGCGGCAUUUACUCACUCUGCCCUUGAUAAUAUUCUAUUGAAACUCAGAAAGGAACUCGAUGAGAAAUCGAUCCUACGUCUUGGUAACAGAAACUCGAUGAAACCUGAGAUUUCUGAUUUGAGUCUCGACGCGAAGUUGGAAAAGUUUAACGAAGAUGAACACUAUGCCGCUGUUAGGAAAAUCAUGAGAUGCACGCCUAUCGUCGCUUGUACGUGUCAUCAUGUUCCAAGGGAAUUGCUCUUCUCUUAUAGAAAAUUCGAUGUUGUGAUUGUCGAUGAAGCUUCUAUGGUUCUCGAGCCACUGAUUCUUCCUGUAUUGGCGACGAGUUCGAGGUUCAUCUUAGUCGGAGAUUGCAAGCAGUUGACACCUUUGGUUUUAUCAAAAUCUGCCAAAAAUGAAGGCGCCGGAAUUUCGACGAUGCAGAAACUUCAAGAAGCUCAUCCAAAUAUUGUAGUCUCAUUAACAUCACAAUAUCGAAUGAACGCACCAAUAUCGAAACUCUCCAGUUUCUUAUUCUAUGAUAAUAAGCUCACGUGUGGGAAUGAAGCAGUGUCAAGAUCAUGUCUUCAACGAUGUGGAGAUUAUUCUCCAAAUUUGGAAAAUGUUCCAGAGUUUUUGCAUCCAAUUCUCUCUGAGAAUUUGGAGAAGUCAUGUGUAUUUCUUGACACGAAGAGCGAAGAAUUUGGUGAAGAUUUGAAAUCAGACGAUUCCGAAAAUGGAGGUGUUACCAAUCGAGGAGAAGCGAGACUCGUUUCGAUGCUCUGUGAGCAUUUCCUCAAGGGCGGUCUUCAAUCGUCGGACAUUGGAAUUAUGUCUGCAUAUCGGAAGCAAGUUGAUGAGAUUCGGGGCAAUUUGAACAAUGGUCUUGUUGAGGUGAAUACGAUCGAUUCAUAUCAGGGCCGUGAAAAACGGGUAAUCAUUUGGUCGAUGGCGUGGACUUCUCAUUCGAACAAAAAAAAUGAGCUUCUUCGCGAUGAACGUCGUGUGAAUGUUGCUCUGACGCGCGCCAAGCAGAAGCUUGUGAUUAUUGGAUGUCGAAAGAGCUUGGAAACGAUUGAAAUUCUUGAGAAAAUGACAAAACUAAUUGAGAAUCACGUCGAAAUUCCGCGGAAUUUUUCUUUACCAUUAACCUUGUAA